CUGUUACACUCAAGGAUGUCUCUUUACGUGUCGAGGAAGCAGUUGCGCUGCGCCCGCCGAGCUCGAGACACGCGUCCUCCUGUCGCUGUCGCCGCUGUACUCGCCAUGGCGCCGUCUCGGAUGGCGCUGCUUCUCAUCUUCCUCGGCGUCGGAUCGGCUCUCGGUCAAGAUCUGACCCCGUCGGCCAUCUCCAUUACAAGUGAGAAGAGCUCAGCCAGCAGCACCACAACCACCCUGGCGCCACCCAUCAGCAUGGCAUCAAAUGACACAAACAGCAGCACAUCAGUGUCCACAACCAGCUCUACAGUGACUACCAGCUCCGUGCCAAAUGCCACCACAGUGGCCACCACCAGCUCUACAGUGACUGCCAACUCAUCGCCAAAUGCCACCACCAGCUCUACAGUGACAGCCAACUCAUUGCCAAAUGCCACCACAGUGGCCACCACCAGCUCUCCAGUGACUGCCAACUCAUCGCCAAAUGCCACCACAGUGACCACCACCAGCUCUACAUCAAAUGCCACCACAGUGGUCACCAUCAGCUCUGCAGUGACUAUCACCUUAGAGGUCACAACCAACAACAGGCAGAGCAGCAGUCCAAUGCCCACAAACAGCAGUGCCACCCCAACAAGCACCAAGAAUGGCACCACCCUGAGUGUCUCCACAGUCUCUACAAACUACAGCUCCACUGGGGGAUCGGUGCCCACCAAGCCUGAAGCAAAUACUACCAGCUCAACUCAGCCCACAACCUCAGUGCCCACGGGAGUCAAUGGCACCAACACAACGAGCACAACCAGUCCUACCGCCGCGGGGAUGUCGGUGAGUGACAUGACGAAGAACCCGGGGCUGGUGGCCGUGCUGUGUAUCUUCGCCAUUGUGGUGGUCCUCGCUCUGGUGGUGGUCAUCGCCAAGGCAUGUAAACCCCACAAGCCGCAGUUUGAGCGCCUGGAGGACAUGCAGAUGAACAACGUCAACGAGGAGUCGCCCUUUGCACACUACACCCCUAAGUGACCUCCGACCCCAGUGGGCACCCUUGACCAGCGCCUCUUCACUGCCAAAGCAGGCUGCUGCGGCAAGAGGACAUUUGGACAUUUGGUGUGUCUGCUUGCACCUUUCAGUAGGGCCCAUUAUUACCGAGCAAAUCACGAGACACGACUAACAAAUAAAAGAGUGCCCAAGA